UCAGAUCAUCCUUCCACAGCUUAAAAAAACUUCAUCUACGUCAGUCUCACUCUAAUCACUUGCCACAGUAGUUAAAAUUUAGAAUGCCGCAUCCAAAAUUCUUUAUCUUUAUCACUUCCUUUAUAAUGAUUGAAGGCAUCUAUCUUUCAAACCUAAACUCAACAUGUUUUCGGUGUAUUUGCGAAGCUUCUACAGGCUGCAGUAAUCGGCUCCGCUGCGACCAAGGGUACUGCGGACCGUUCUCUAUCUCGCGGGCCUACUGGAUCGAUUCCGGGAAGGUGGUCAAGGCCCAGGAUGACCCCAACCGUUGGGGAUCGUACGAGGAGUGCGCCAAUCAGUUUGACUGUGCCACCAAUAUAAUUACGCAAUACAUGGAGAAGUAUGGGAAAGAUUGCAACAACGACGGAUUGGUGGAUUGCGUGGACUAUGCAAUGUUGCAUAUCAAUGGAGGACCAACAUGUCAUUUACCGCUGAAUUUGGAGUUUAGUAGAAAGUUCAGCAGCUGCCUGCUGCUCAGCCGACGGCAGCGAGCCGAUAAUACAUUUCAACGAAGCUUGAGAGCAAAUUUGAACUGUUAAGUUAGAAAAACAACCAAAACAAAUAGGUAUAAAUUAAUGUUUGAAGAAGAACGAAAGAAUUGACAGAGCAUAGUGCCUAACCUUUGAACAAUUCGUUGAUGGACUUGCACAGAUAAACAUAAAUAAACAUUAAGUGUCACUCUAAAUUCCGCUUAAAUCUACAAUUAGACAAACCCGAUUUUCUCCACACACCGGGUCACAUCAUUGCAAGUGUUUUUAUUUUAUAAUUGUGCUAUCAUCGGCAAUAGAAGCGUUCGGAAUCAAACCAGACACAGAGGAAAGGCAUAAAAAUCCCCCUUGCUAUGACGGUGCCUGUUUUGUGCUUUAUAAAAUC